AGCCGCAAGAGCCCCGAGUACACGACGCUGCGGAAGCGCUGCAGGCCCGGCACCAUCGCGAUCAUCCUCGCCGGCCGCUUCCGUGGCCGCCGUGCGGUGAUCCUGAAGCAGCUCCCCGGUAACGGCCCGCUGGUUGUUUCCGGGCCGAUGAAGUACAACGGCGUGCCGAUCCGCCGCAUCGACUCCCGCUACCUCAUUGCGACCUCGACGAAGGUCGACGUGAAGGACGUGGACGUGAGCGGCAUCACCGCCGACAUCUUCGCGCGCCCGAAGCAGGAGAAGCGCGUCAAGUCGGAGGGGGAGUUCAUGGGCGACAAGGCAAAGAAGGCCGCGGAGCGGAAAGGCGAAGAAGACGGCGAAGGCGGCCCCGAAGGGGACCGUCAGCGACGCCCGGGCGCAGCUGCAGAAGCAGGUGGACGCCGCGCUCAUUGCGGCCAUCAAGAAGGACCCGCUCGGCAAGGAAAAGGCCGGCUACCUUCACUCCGUCUUCACCAUCAAGCCGGGUGA